AUGGCCAAUUACCAUUAUUCUUCAUUUCUACCUUUUUUAUUUCUCAUCUUUUUAGGGAACUCCGUGUAUGCCUUCAAUCCGAGGUUUCUUAAUGUCACGUCAAGACUCGAUGAUUCCCAAUGGUCCAUGGCUAGGGCAACUUGGUACGGAAGUCCUGAUGGCGCUGGAUCCGACGGUGGGGCGUGUGGUUACCAAAAUGCAGUCGACAUGCCUCCAUUCUCUUCAAUGGUCUCGGCCGGUGGCCCUUCAUUGUAUGUUUCCGGCAAAGGGUGUGGAGGGUGUUAUCAAGUGAAAUGCACUAGUGAUCAGAACUCAGCUUGCUCGGGUAAUCCGGUGACGGUUGUAAUAACCGAUGAGUGCCCUAGUUGUGACUCGACUCAAUUUGACCUAAGUGGCACUGCUUUUGGUGCUAUGGCAAAAUCCGGCAUGGGACAACAAUUGCGUAAUGCUGGAACAUUUAAUAUUCAUUAUGAUAGGGUACCAUGCAAUUUUCCAGGAAAAACUCUAACAUUUCGAGUGGAUGCUGGUUCAAACCAAAACUUUUUUUCGACAUUGAUAGAGUAUGAGAACGGGGAAGGUAAUCUUUUAAGCGUCGAAGUCAAGGAGGCAUUAGAUUCCGUGUCAUGGAAACCAAUGCAACAAUCAUGGGGAGCGGUUUGGAAGGUGGACUCGGGAUCUCCGUUAAUGGCUCCAUUGUCCUUAAAGUUGAGGUCAAGUUCUGGCCAAACGAUUGUCGCUAGAAAUGUUAUCCCCGUUGGAUGGAAACCGGGGAUGACAUAUCGUGCCAUGGUCAACUUCGUUUAA